GAGAGGAAAAGGAGGAGGAAAAGACAGGAGGAUUACAAGUGAAAAUGUCCAGCCCCUUAAUCCUAAAUGUAGGUAAAUGGGUAGACAAUUGCUCAAUAGAAGCCUUGUAUCAAUGCACUCUUUGCUGGAAAAAUAGGGUGCAGGUGCUGAAAUAAAAUAUAAAUAAAGUGAAAAUUACAUGGGUUUUCAACAUUCAAGACUGAACUGAGAAUUCAUAGGCAGGAAGUGUAUUAAUGUAAUACCCUUCAUUUCUGUGAAUGUUCUCCUCACUCAUGUACAUGGAUUUCCCAAUAUUUCUGCCUUCUGGCCUCACAGUUCUACAGAGUAUUUUGCAAGUUACUGCUACAAGCUCUGUUAAAUGACGGCUCACAAUAUGCAAACAAUGAAUGGUACUGUUAGAAUUUUCCUACAAAGGCUGGAUAAAAACCACUUGACACUUUGAAAAUAGGAAGUUCCAGGCAAAAGGCAAAGAAAGCCUUCGUCUUGUAACACUGCACUCUUCAACAGGGUUGGGAGUGCACUAGAGAAUUUCUACAGCCAUGGAUGCUCAGACAAACGUGAAAUCCAUCAUGGCGAAGUUUAGCAACAACCCAGCUGAGGAGGUGCACAACCGGCAAGUUAAAAUUGGAGGGCAGCCUUCUUUGGUCACAAAAACAGCAUUUGAGAAAUUUGCUCAACUGGAAAAUGCUGGCUUACCUGUCAAACCCAGCAGUUUAAACAAACCUGCACCUCUCAAAACUUCUGUGGGAGCAAAGCCUUCUCUUCACGAUGUCUCAGACAAGGAUUCAAAGCCAUCCUCUUUGAAAUCUAGUCCAAUAGCUAGCAAAGUUGCUGCACUGACCCAAGCGGUAAACAAAGACGCCAAUGAAAAACCUGGAUUUCCUAAGCCUUUGGGUCCCAAACCCAUAGAAGGACUAAAACAGGAACCUAAGCCGCUUUUUCCAAAGCCACCUGAAAACCGGUUAACUGGCUCUCUGCCUUCAAAAAAUGACACAAGACCACCAGGACCAAAGCCGAACUUGAAACUGAACCUCCAAGAAAGUGAAGCAAAGCCUGUGUUUCCCAAAGUCCUGGAAAAAUUCUCUGCUUCACAGGAAAAUAACCACAAAGCUCAGUUUCCAAAGCCACCUCUUAGGGAAAAACCAGGUCUACACCCCAUCCGCAAUGAAGAAGCUUCCAACAAAAAUGCACAUUUGAGCCGGGCACCUUCAAGUUCAGGAGGCCUCAAACCCAAAGUGAACUCAUUUCGGACUCCAAAAGAUAUUGAGGAAAACAACAACAAGGGAGUGGAUCCCGCUGUUAGCCCUUUCCCACCUUUGAAACAUGUUGUCAGUCAUCAGAACAACUUAACUGCAGUCCACCCAAAACCUUUGGCGCAGGAGAUCGAAGAAGGAAGGCCAAGUGUCACCAAGAACAUUUCCAGAUUCAAUCAAGAAGACUCAGGGCCAACUUCUGGUGCUCCUUCUAAUAAAUUUGUGAGUUCUGGCAAAGUGGCUACAACGGGACCCUGGGCCAAUAACUCAGAAAGGGAAGAGGGAUACAAGACUUUGCCAAAACGAAAGGCAUUACCUCCACUAUUCAAAUUAGGCCCACCUCCACAGAAACCCAGCAGACCUCCAACAGUUGACCUGGAAAGGUUUGGGAAAAAUAAGGAAGAAAGCUCUAACAAACUGCAAGCAUCCGGCUUACCUCCUCCACUUCCACCACCCAGUCCUGCCACACAAACUGCUACUCCACAACCACAGCCACCAGCUCCUCCUCUACCUCCAGGUUCCCACCCAUCAGCACAAGCUCCACCGAUCCUCCCUCCAAGAAACAUCAAGCCAAGACCGCAGGAAAAUGAAGAAAAUUAUGAUGAUGCAGAAUUUGUUUCGGGAGGAACAGCAGAUGGAGAUGAAAAUCAAAAUGAUGAUGGUGAAACGUAUGAAGACAUAAAUGAAAUGAGACCUACCGCUAAAGAGGAUGAAAAGAAAAAAGAGAAGGAGGAAAAGAAAAGAUCUGAUCAAGAGAAGAAAGAACAAAAAGAAAAAGAGAAAAAAGAACAAGAGACUAGAAAAAAGUUCAAAUUGGUGGGUCCCAUUGAAGUCAUUCACCAGGCAAGAGCUUGCACAGACUUCAAAGGAGGGAAGAAUGAUCUGUCGUUCAGACAAGGAGAUCGAAUUGAAAUAAUCCGCAUCACAGACAAUCCAGAAGGAAAAUGGCUGGGAAGAACACGAGGCUGCUAUGGCUACAUUAAAACAACAAUGGUUGAAAUUGACUACGAUUCACUAAAAAGGAAGCCACAAGCCUCCAUCAACAUUCGCCCAAGACAGCAAGACAGUGACCAAGAAGUGUAUGAUGAUGUUGGGGACCAGGACACCAUCAGCAGUGGAAGUCAGAGUACCACAGGAAUGGGAUUUCCGCCUCCUCCGUCCCCUGAUAUCUAUGAUGGAGUUGAGGACGAUGACAAUGUACCAACAAAGUCUGUGUCACAGGAUGAAGAUAAAGGUGAUUCCUGGAUUUUGAAGAUUUUGAAAGGAAAAGAUUUCCAAAAGAAAAGUGUGCGAGAGACAACUCCUAAAGAAGAUAAUCGAGGUUCCCCGGGUCCUACACAUACGCAAAUAGGAAGAGAAUCUGGAGACAGUGAUGUUUAUGAUGAUGUAGAGCCAACAGAUUUCCCUCCUCCUCCAAAAGAAACAAGCUUGGGGAUAAAUAUAAAGCCUUCAAGCUUUGGAAAAGCCAGAUCAGAUGAGCGUGAUUCACAAAAAGUAAAGAAGAUAGAAAAGGAAGAGAAAGAAUUCCGCAAGAAGUUUAAAUUUGAAGGUGACAUUCGUGUUCUUUACAGUACAACCAUCUCACGAGCACCAUCUCUGAAAAAAAGGGGCUCAAAGGACCUGCCAGUGAAGCCAGGAGAAUCUGUUGAUGUUAUCAAAAAUGUGGAUGAUACUAAAGUCUUGUGUAGAAAUGAAGAAGGAAAAUAUGGCUAUGUCCGAAGAAGCUGCAUAGUGAAUGAAGAUGACGAAAUCUAUGAUGACAUUGCUGACGGUUGCAUAUACGACAAUGAUUAGCUACAGACCUCUUCUCAGUCUGCACUUCAUCAUCUUGGAAUUUCCAUUUAAUUGAUAUGAGAAUGAAAUGUAUUACUUGUGCUGGUUGCUGUUGUAUAUGUAUAAAGUUUUGAUUAAAUUUCUCCAGAUGUUUCUGGGUUAUGAAGGAGACUUCACAAUGGGAGGAUGGCAUUGUUGCUGAGUUUGUCCCUCCUUUCCUUGACUGGGACCAUGGAUGAGAUUUCCAAUUGACCACAUUUUUCUCAGUACAAGUUCUUCCUCUCUUGAAAAGCACAUUAUUUCUAACAUUUCACAGGUGAAGUUAUGGACACUCUUGUCCUUCUAAUGCCACUUUUUUCACAUCACUAUCUGAGGCCUCCUUAGCUCAUUACUGUUCUUCAUUUUGUGUUCAUUUACUCUUCAGUAAGCCCUGUGCUGGCUUUUGAAGCAGGAUGCCUUAGCAAACUGACCAUAACCAUUUUGUUUUCAUAACGAGUAUAGUGGUGUUUCAUCCCCAAAAGGAUCUGAUUGUAGUUAAUAUCAAACAACUUAUGAUCAAACACAUCAUGUGAAUGUUAUAUAGACCAAAUGUAACACCUACAUUAAAAAUAAAUACAUUCACAAUGUUUACUAAAUAGUUUCAAAGACUGAGAAAUGUGAAGUUAAGCAUUGUACUGGUAUUUCCCUUGUAACAGACUUUGCAUUCAUGUUGAUAUUUCCAUCCCUGUUUUAAGCAAUAUUAUUAUAUGCACAUGUCUCCUUUUUGUAAGCCAUUUUGAGUCUCAGUCUGGGAGAAAGCUGUGAUAUAAAGGGAGGGAGAGAAGAAUGCACAUACACUCAUAUGAUUUCUCAGGCUUAUUACUGGUAUCUCCCAGCAUUAGGGACUGAAUCUGGAAAUAAAAUACUGGAUGUGCAUUCAAAGUAAUGAACACAAUUAAAAGCAUCCUUGUCAUCUCUACAAAAUGUUUCUGAGGGCAUCAAGCAGACACUGGACCUGACAUAUACAUAUACCAUAGUUAGAGCAUAUGCAAAUAUGCUUCUGUGUAACCUGGAAUAACCCCUGAUCUCUUAUUUUCCUUUGGCCAGGAAAAUAGUGAGCACUUUUAAAAUGUUAAUGCCAUUCUUUAAAGUAGAUUUCAUGGGGUUACUCUAAAUCUUAUCAACAUUUUUUUCCUGUCUUGCUGUGAAAUUUUGGAGGCCAAGCGGUCACAAGAAGAUAUAUGCAUAUUAUAAUCUUUAAAAUAAAUGUUCACAAAAAUGGCUACCUUUUGCCUAAUUUACACAUUGGCUAAAAUAGGUAUGUAUAUAUAUUCCAUAUAUUCCAGUUACACAUAUAUUUAGAUGUUUAGGAUUUGAAAAGGUAAGCACCAAAGAUGAAAUAUGCAUACAUUGACCACAUUCCAUCUUUGCAAGUUUGCAUAUUCUUGAUGUAUUGUGCCUCGCUUCAAGAGGUGCAAAAAUACUUUAAUUAAGACUAGCAAAUCCAAAGACAUUCCUUUUCAUUCCUAUUUCUGAUGUACUUGGGGAGACUUGGACUCUUCUUUGCUGACUGAACUGCUGUCAUCAGCUGUGCUAUUUGAUAUAAAAUAAACAUUUUGUCACAUUUGGUCAUUCUCAUAUCAAAUCAUACUUAUUACUGUAUUUACUCAAAUCUAAUGCUCACCUUUUUUUUGUCUAAAUCACCUUGCCAAAAUUAAAAUGUGCAUUAGAUUUACUGAUAUGGUAAUCUUAGUUCUGAGCCAAAGCAAAAGGGGAAGCUAUUUCAGGAGCACCUGGGGCUCCUAUUUGAGGGAUGUCAUCUAAUUUAAUGGUGAUGGCUCAAUGCUAUGCAAUCCUGAGGUUUGUAGUUUGAUGAGCCACCAGCAUUCUUCAGCAAAUUUCAAGACCUUGUAAAACUACAUGAUUUUAUACAAUUGAGCCAGAGCAGUUAAAUUGGAUACAUUCUACAGCACAUAUGCACCUCAAGGUUAUCUUUUCCGUUGCUGGAAGCUUUGGCGUUCAAACACUUUUGUUUUAAAAGAAGUAAUUAUAAGCAUGCAGCGACUGUAAUGCGCACCCUUUUUGUCCAAAUUACAAAGUGUGCACUUUUUGCCACUGCGUAUUACAUUUCCCAGAAAAUAGUUUUUGAAAAUUAAGGUGUGCAAUAGAUUCGAUAGUUCAUUAGACUUGAGUAAAUACGUGUAUUUUAACCUCUUAGGGGGAAAAAACAGGCACCUAACAAUUGAUUCAAAGAUAAAGACAUUGAUAAAGACCACAGAACUAGUGGUGAUAGUGAAUGUAAAAGUUACCAUAGUACAUGAAAGAAAAAUUAUCACUCCAAAUCAGAUCUUCCUGCUUGAAUCACCCACUAAUUGCGCUCACAUAUCUGCUCUGGACUACUACUAUAGUCAUUAAUUAUAUCUCAGAGCGACAUGAGGUUCCUUCCAACUCUUGUACAUAUACACUUCAAAAUGGGUUCAUCCAUUCUUCAGAAUCCAUCUUACAAACACCUACAUCUUUCCUCUGUCCCAAGAUACCACAAGACACUCAUAAUUU